CUUAUCGAUUUAGGCAUUAUUAUAGUUCGAUAACCAGGUUAUCAAACCCUAAUACACUUCUGUUUUCUUAUCUGUUCUUCACAUGGUUUAUUUUCAACACAUAUUACCCGUCUCAUGUACGGUAAGCAAAAUUCAUCCCAUUUACAGCUUGUUUGCAUCAUCAAUCAACCAAUUUAGACCCGAAAUCAAGAACAAUCUGCAGACAAACUUUCAUUAGGUCAAAAACAGAUUCGAGUAGAAUCAAUGGAGAAGGUUACAAACGGGGAAGUGAAAAGGGUGGUGGGGGUUGUAUGCAGGCGGUGUAAAGAAACAUAUGACCCGUCGUCAAACGCUCCUUCUGCUUGUCGAUUUCAUCCUUCUUUCUUUGUGUGUCGACGUCAUGAUGAUCAGAAAAGGUACUAUGAAUUGGGACCUAAUGAUCCACCAUAUGCUGCUAAAUUCUAUGAUUGUUGUGGAGCAGAGGAUCCCAGUGCAUCUGGUUGCACCACUAGUUUUCAUCUCUCUUAUGAUGAUGCUUGAAAGACUAUUUGUGUUGAAUGUACAUUGCUUUGAAGAUGCUAAGAUAUGUAUAUAAAAUCUUGAAAGAAUAAUUAAUAAAUAAACGUGCGCUUUGUUUA